CCGCCAAUCACCCACUACGUGUACUUCUCUGUGCAACAGGGCGAAGAUCUCCUCGGCACCAUCAAGAUUGGCCUGUUCGGGUCCGUGGUCCCCAAGACGGUCAAGAACUUCUACACCCUGGCCACCGACGGCGUUGAUGGCAAGGGGUACAAGGACACCAUCUUCCACAGGGUGAUCAAGGACUUCAUGAUCCAGGGCGGUGACUUUGACAAGUUUGACGGCACCGGUGGCUCCUCCAUCUACGGCCCCAAGUUCGCGGACGAGAACUUCAAUCUCAAGCACGAUCGCGUGGGCAGGGUCUCCAUGGCCAACUCCGGCAAGGACACUAACGGGUCGCAGUUCUUCAUCACCACGGCCAUCACGUCGUGGCUAAACGGCAAACACGUUGUUUUUGGCGAGGUUGUGGAGGGCUACGACGUUGUGGACAAGAUCCAAGGCAGCGACACCGAUUCGCACGAUAAACCAACUUCCCAGAUCAAGAUCAUCGAGUCG